UCACCGACUUGUUCCUCCUAGACUUUCGGUGUCGGAGCCUCUUCUUCUGCACCCUUGGCUCUGAGGUGGUUUUCCGGCCCGCCAGCGAGCAAACUGCACCACGGAAGACAUGACUAGUGCAAGGGACAGCGGGGACUCACACAAGCAUGCCACCGCUUGGCGGUGUAUAAGUCGGGCUGCUCACCCGACCUCAUCAAUCAUACGCAUGACGGCGAUUUCUCUCUGCUGGAUGCUGUCUCGCCUGCUGUCUCUCGACUGCUCGAUGGGCCCAGCUGGUCGCACCUGGGUAUCUGGGUCGUCCCGAUGGUUCUUGUCGUUCCAGCAUGGACUUCCUCCCCGUCGAGCUGGUCCGACUCGUCUUCCUGUACUGCGAUGCUCCAUCCGUGAGAGCCCUCCGCCUGGCAUCGGCCAGAUACGCCGAUGUGGGCUACGAGUUCCUCCUUGAGCCGCAUUUCACCGCCGUCGAGUGGAGAGACGACAUCACGCGGCUCUACAACAUCGCCGGCCACGACCGUCUCCGCGGCAGCAUCCGGUCGCUCACCUUCAACUUCUCCAAGGUCGACGAGUACAACGCCCGUCACACGACCUUUUUCCAGCACUGGCUGCAGGAGCCCGAGGAGCGCUGCGCGCUCCUCCAGGACGCGUGGACGAAGUACUACGAGCUGGAGGAAGGCGCCCGGAAACUGCCGCCGCUCCACACCCGCUCGGCCGCGGUGGAGGAGGCCUUCAAGCGGCUGCCCAACCUGAAGGACCUCGAGAUCACGCUGACCAAGUGCCCCUACGACAUCGAGGUCCUCAACGAGGUCUUCCAGGUCCGGUCGUGCCGCAAGCGGGACCGAAGCCAAGCGUGCAAGAACCUGAACGCCAUCGUCUCGGCGGUCCGGCACGUGCGCCUCUCGUCGCUGUCCAUCGACCAGCUCCCGCUCGAGAUCUUCCGCCUCCCCGACGACCGCCGGCACUGGUUCGACUGCGCGCGCUCCUUCGCGAGCCUGUCCCGGCUCAACCUCGUGCUCGACCCGCCCAGCAGCCUGCUCCCGUCGGCGCGCUUCCGCGCCAUCAACGGCCUGGGCCACGUGCUCCACUACUGCGUCAACCUGACCCAUCUCAGCCUCGCCUUCCACACGUACCACGCGCCGCUCGAGAAGUUCCACCUCUCCUUCCAGGCGCUCUUCUGCGGCUCCGACUUCGCCUUCCCCAGGCUCACCGACCUGAAGCUCGAAGGCGUCAGCUGCGCCGAGGACGACCUGCGCGGCUUCCUCCUGCGGCACGCCGCCACGCUGGAGCGCCUCCGGCUGGGCGGCCGCGGCCUGGCCCGGCCGCACGAGUGGAGCAUCGGCGGCGUGCACCUGCACGAGGGCUCGUUCCGGUCGCUGUUCGCGAGCCUGCAGGGCAGGCUGCCGCGGCUGAGGCGCUUCCACAUGGAGGGCGACGCCGAGGCGGGCGACUUCAUGGCCAGCUCGCGCGAGGUGUACGUCUUCCGGCCGGUGACGGACGACGACUGGCAGCCGGUGGAGGCGUCGGCCGAGGGGAAGCGCCGCUACCGGCCGGAGGGCCUGGCGUGCGUCAAGACGGUGGAUUGCUUGGCGCUCGAGAGGUUCCUCGUCGAAGGCGGCGAGUACCCGCAGCUGGGGAAGGCUGUGGGGGAGUAGUUGAUCACCUGCCUGGGGAGAGGUGACCAGGCCAUGGUCUAGGGAAGGUUAACCUUUUUUUACCUGCGCUUCCCACCAGGACCACUCGCCAAACCGACGGCCGCGACCUCAUACCGGCAAGAAGCGCCCGUCAUCACGAUACACACG